AUGUUCGUGACGCGCUUAAUGCACAACCUGAUGCACAUUCGUCCGCUGAACGAAAUUCUCGUUCCCCAAAUCCUAGAAGCCCUGAAAAUGUUGACUCCUGGAGAUGGUGGUGGGAGGAGAUCCCGAUGGCGUGUCUGCUCCUGCUGCCCGCAUUUGAACAGAGAUCAAGGGUCAGCCAUCGUUGUGCUUAUAACGGGACUGGCUUUAGUGGGACUACUCGCGGGUUUGGAUGUUUGGAUCGAAGUUAAGAAGCUGAGCGGAGGGAUAGCGGCACUAGGAGAUGAUGGGACAGGGGAUGGUGGAGAGAAGGGGGGAGCAGGAUCUCGGACAAGACAUAGAGUAUGUGAAAUGCCUCCAGGGGUGUUUAAAUCGGUGGAGAAGGAUUUGUUGGGGCGCAUUCCGGAGUUUCCCAAGCUGAAGGAGGCUCUAAAGCAGCCAGGAGCGAUGAAUUACUUGAAGCUUAUUCACCGGUAUCUGGAGCCAUGGCGACCCAUCGUUAACAUCACCUCCGGUCUGGGGCACAGAGGUUUCGUGACGCCCGAGGCACUCGAAUUCAUCAGCAUUUCUCCGAACCUGAUGUCCUGCUCCGGACAUAUCAAAGUUAUUGACGGCAAAGUGUACUUCCGUUACGGUGGCUUUUGGAACCGUUACUACCGCCUUGGAAGGUUCCUCCAAACAAUCAAGAUGCUGCAGGACGCAGUGACGCGCUAUGCCCUCUCCUCCCUGCGUCUCGAGUUCUUCCUCAACACGUGCGACCACCCCAUGUCGUUCCACAGCUCGCACUGGCCCAACAGGGGCGGGCUGCCCUUCAUGAGCACCGGCUUCACAGCAGAUACCAUCGACAUCCCUGUUCCUGACCCACUGGACCUCACAGGGCCCUACACUCCUGACCUCAGCACUCAGAUUCCCUGGGAGAAGAAGGAAGCACGGGCGGUUUUCAGAGGCAAAACAACCAACUACGAGCUGCUACCAGCAGGCAACUGGGGCGCAAACCCCCGCAUCCGCCUGCAUUUGAUGUCUCCCGCGGCGCCCCACCUCAUGGACGCACAAAUCAACGCAUGGUCCAAGGUGGAGCAGCAUGUGAUUAAACGGAUAAUAAAGGACGGCGUGCGGCUCGCGAGGAAGAUGAAUUUCCAGCAGUUCAACGCGUUCAAGUACCAGAUCGUGGCGGACGGGGGGGGAGGCAGUUGUCGCACGUGUGGGGUGCUGCGAUCCAACCAGCUCAUCAUAAGGCAGCACACGCCCAUGCUGCAGUUCUACGAGCCUCUGCUGCAGGAUCGGGUGCACUGGCUCGUCACCUCCCGAACCUUCUCAGACCUGCACGAGGCAAUCACCUGGGCGCAGCAGCACGACAAGGCGGUGCUGCGGAUGGUGGAGGCAGCGAAUCGGUUUGCGGACCACGCGUGCACGUGGCACGGGCGCAUGCUGUACUGGGCUCUGCUUCUCGUGAAAUACCAGGACGUUAUGGCUGAGCCUGAAAGUGUAUCAAAGCCUACCGAGCUGUGUGCUAAACCGUGA